UUACCGAUUAGCCCGAAGAUCUCGAACCUCGAGUUGCAUCCUGAAUUUUGUGAAGAUUUUUUUUGCAAAACAACAAAACAAACAUCAUAUAUUUUUCAAACCAAUAGACAUGCCCAGAGAAAGAUCAUUUUCGCCAAAAAGGAGCUACAGAAGCAGGACACCAGAAAAAUACAGAAAAAGGUCAAGGUCACCCAAAAGGUCAAGAUCUCCAAGAAGAUCAAGAUCGUAUUCACCAAAGUUUAGAGUGAAAAAGCAGCAUUAUUCUGCAAAACCCAGGUAUCCUGGAUACUAUAGAGGAAGAAGUAGAGGCUACAAUCAACCAUAUGGAAGGAAGCCUCCAUUUGACAGACAAAAGCGAUCUCCAUUCAGAAGAGAUUCCAGUCAUCGCUAUUCCAGAUCCCGCUCUCCAUCACCAAAGAAGAGGUCCCCAUCGCCACCAAGAAGGAAGUCACCAGAAUUGUCAACAAGACCCGCUAGGCCUGUCAGCUUAGAUGAAAAGAGAAGAGAUUCUCACAGUAUGGGAUUGGGUUUGGGACGUCCAGAGACCUCUACUUUCCCCAUCUCUUUAGGAGACCCAUUUAGCAAAUCCGCCUCAUCAUCAGAAGACCGAUAUAAAUCAUUCCGAAACAUGUCCCCUGAUAAUUCUCCGUCAGCACUGGCCCAAGGGGUCAUCGGAACAGUGACUGUGGCUCCGCCCAGUGUCAGGAGACCGCUAUUAUCCCAAAGAUUCGAAAAUAUUGACGCAGAAUAUGUGGGCCCAGUAAGAGUGGAUGAGAAUAUCUCUAUUGGAAUACACCGCACUGGGCCUAAUCUUCGUAACACUCCGAACAAGCCUGUUGUCAGAGAUUUUGAUCCGUACAAGUUUGUCAUGUUAAGGAGACGAGAUGAAGGGAAGAAGGCCAUAUUUGAUCGUGAGGAAAUUAAAAUUUUUGGGUUGGAUAAUAUCCUGGAUGAACAGAUUUAUGACGAGAAAAGGACAAUAAGUGUUGUUCCUACUGAUGAUCACAAGAGAUCCUCUCGCUCUGACAGUCGACGGUCUCCAGACAGACAGGACACACGUACUGUGAAAUCUUCAGACAGACCCAGAGAACCCACUAUCAGAUUAAAUCCAAAACCAGAUCCUCGUUAUGAGAAGUUGUUCCAAGAAACAGAGGCCUAUGAAAGUAAAAGUAUAAAUCCCAAUGACUUGCGCCAUAAUUUGAUGAAGCGGAAGUAUGAUGACGACGAGGACAGUUAUGAUGCCAGGCACAGACUGGAGGAUAGGAGAAAAGGGGGAAGAGACUACUCAGACAGAGACAGAAAGAAAUCCUUAGAUGAAAGGUUAGGCAAGAAAUCAGAUUCUGAAGAACUACCAGAUUUUAAAAACCGCCCUGGGAAAUACAAAUUUGAAGCAUGGAAGGAGAAUCCUGAAAUGAUACCAAAGCAUCCAAUGUAUUUUGAGCAUGAUAACAGAGAAAAAGAUGCUAAUGCAAGAGGCAGGUUUGGAUAUAAUCGAUUUUUCCGUGGAGGAAACCGCAGGCCAUACAGGGGAGGUUACCAACCUCGGGGAUUCCGAGGAAGAUUUAGGGGAGGAUUCCGAGGGCGUAGCACCGGGGGUUACAGACCGACCUCCAACUACUAUACUUCCAGGAAAGAUGGUGAUGAAGAUUAUGAUAAGAGAUAUGGAUUUCAUUAUAAAUCAGAUAAACGACCCAGAGACUCCGGUGAAUGGAAACACGAUUUAUACGACACCAUCGAAAGUGAAGAUGGAGAGAAGACAGAGGACAAGUCGCACGACGACAACAAGCCCUCUAGUACCACCACUACUUAGGUCGACAGAAUAGUGACUAUUGCAUGAAAGAGUGACUACUAGUGACUACGAUGAUUACUUUGAAGAAUUGAGACUAUGACAUGGGAGUCCGAGUUCGAUCUCUUCUGGAAUGUGUCUCACACAUAGGAAUGUAAGAAUAGUAUGAAAGUAUGACUGAUCCAUGUUAACAAGAUAAUUACACAUGACUGCUCCUUAAUAAUGUGAGUACCAGUGAGUACUAGAGAGGAGAGUGACUAUUGGCUUGCAUUGACUAAUAUCUGUUGUGAAAAAGACUAUCCUGACUAUCCAGCAUGACUCAUACGAUGGCAUUACCUAUAUGAACCUUGUCAUUAGUAAAAUGAACUGUGCAUCGGGAUGCUUGGGACAGGAGUGUUUUUUACCUGCAUUAUAUGGCUACAUCAUUUUAGUUACUGGGAAUUUGCACGUAUUUUAGGAUGCAUAGAGGUACCAGUACUCAAGCCAUUGCAAAGUCAUCUCGGAGCUUCAGUGAAGAACAAUACAUGUAGUAAGAUUCUCUGUGUUCAAUUCCAGUUUUACAUUGUACUCUCAACAUGUGAUGUAAUCCAUUUUCUUCAGAGUACAUGAACCAGUGCUUUACUCUUAAUUUGUUGUCAUCAUUCAACAGAUCUCUAAUCUGUUGCUGUUGUACAUUUGUAUUUUAGUGUGCAUAAUAUAUAUCCUUUGUGUAUUUUCCUUGAUUUUAGUAACUCUUUUCAUGUUUUCUUGUAAUAGCAAAACAUAGGAAAAAAAUAUUUUUUUAAACAUGUAUCAUUAUCAAGAUGUUAAAUUCGUCUUUUAAUGCCAAGUCUUUUUUACUGUCCAUCGCUUGUUAUCCAGUAGUCAUUUGUAAAUGUUUAAAGAAGCAGUAUGUUUCACAACAUCUGAAAUGAUCAUUUCUUUAUUUAUAUGUGCACAAGGUUGUACAUGUGUUUUACAUGUAAAGUAGUGAGUGAUUUUAUCAGUCUGCAUGGAAAUUUCAUGUCAUGAAUAUGAACUGUGGAAUCAUUUUUAUUCGUGGGGGGGGGGUCAAUGUUUGUGGGUAGCCAAAAUUUUCGUGGACGUAAUUUCGUUGAUAGCGUAAUCAGGAUAAUUUUAAUGAAUAUUAAACAAAUGAUUGUGUAUAGGUUUGUGGGGGUGUAAAUUUGCAUACAAUAAUUCGUUACACACGAAAGCUACAAACAUCGGUCCACCACGAACAAUGGUGAUUCCACAGUAUUUCAAUCUUUGAAUGUUAUUCUAUGUUUUAUAAUUAUAAGACAUUAAAAAUCGAUUUGGAAAAUUGAA